CUUCCCCUUCUUCUUCUCCCCUCCACUGUGGCCGAAGGACGGGUGAGGAAGCCGGACUAUGUGGACAGCUCGCGUGACUCAAGAGGAGGUCUUGUGUUUGCUUCGUGCUGUGGCGAGACAGACCAUAGAGACCUCCACGUGGAGCCCCAGUGGGGCUCCUCCUUUUCUUCCCACGAACUGAUGACCAGACUAUGCUUCUUAUUGGGAGAAGCAACAUCCGGCAUAGCUAGUUCUCCUAUGGAGGACAGGAAAGAAAAGAAGGGCCCUACUCCCGCUCAGGGAGGGAGCCCCAGCUCCACAUUGACUUGCAGCACUGCCUCUCUUUGUUCUGAGAGCCCCUCUUCCACCUUAAGCGGCAGUAAUGUGUGCCAUCCUUUGCCCUUGGCCUCACCACACAGUGGUGGCUCCUGCCUCAGCACUAGCGGGGCGCUCUCCAGCCCCGUUCGCAGCCCCACCCAAUGCUCUCCCGCUGUACUCGUUGCUGGCAGCAGCCUCAGCCCACCUUCUCAAAGCCCCUCCUCCACCCUGGAGAGCAAGGACAGUGGAAUUAUAGCGACCAUCACGAGUUCGUCUGAGAAUGAGGAGCGAAGUGUCUCGAGUUCGGAUCUGACUACGGACGAAACCCCAGGGGGCAGUGUUAUUGUCAUGGGCCACACAGGCGAAGACAAUCAUCUUGGGCCCCAACGGAGUAAUCCCACCAUCCAAUUUGAGGAGUCAUCAGUGAGAGCCGAUAUCAAGGAGCCCAGAACACCCCCGCCACCCAAGAGACCCCUCCCACAGCACCACAUACACAGCACUUCCUCCUCGGUCAUGCCCCGUCCAAAUUCUGUAGCAGCAACGUGUUCCACUAGAUUGGAAGAUCUGAGUUAUCUGGACAACCAACAGGUUGGUGGGCACAAGGGCUCCAUCCACAAGUUAAACACACCUGGACGCACAAAUGAAGACUCUAAAGGGAGAUUGGGCCAUUUCAAACAAGCCGACAUCACGCUGAAGCCGCUGCUGUUCGAAGUUCCCGGCACCAGUGCGGAAAGAUCUUUUGUUGGUCGGGAUUGGCUUUUCACGCGACUGGAUGAGGUCUUGAGGAAAACCAUUAACUGCGAGGGAAGAGGGGCCGUCAUCGUGGGAAACGCGGGCUCAGGCAAAACGGCUAUCAUGUGGCGGUUGGUGGCGCUCAGCUGUCACGGCAUGCGCACGCAACACGGAGGGCCCAGCAUCCCUCACAGCCCGAGCUCUUCUCCCAAAUGCGGGGAAAGGCAGCGAAAAGCCGCCUCCAAACAAGGUGCUGAUGAUUCCCAGAUCAACCAGAGUGCUGUUACAGGAGCGGCUAGUGGCACAGCACAGAGGAAAGAGCUUGCCAGAUACCUCGCCAACAAGGUGGUCGCUUACCAUUUCUGCCAGGCUGACAACACAUACACCUGCCUGGUCCCAGAAUUCGUUCACAGUCUUGCCGCCUUGUUGGCCAGAUCCCCACAGCUCACUCCAUACAGGGAGCUGCUGAUCCAGGAACCUCAUCUCCAGAAUAUGCUCAGCCUGCGCUCCUGUGUGCAAGACCCCAUUGCUGCCUUUCGAAAGGGGGUCCUCGAGCCCAUGACCAGCUUGCGCAAGGAGCGAAGGCUGCCUGAAGAAGACUACAUCAUCUUGGUUGACAGCCUCAAUGAGGCUGAAUUUCAUAAACCGGACUACGGGGACACCAUAGCCACCUUCAUCACCAAGAUCGUCUCUAAAUUCCCCGUCUGGCUCAAGCUUGUAGUCACAGUGAGGACGGGCCUGUUGGAAAUAACCACCCUGCUGCCGUUCUCCGGCAUCUCACUAGACAUUCUGCCCGACAGCAGCGAUCUGGGAGCUGACCUGAGCGACUACAUUCAUCACCGGGUGAACGGGAGUGCCCAGAUCGCCGCAAACGUCACAACGGCCACAGGCUCGGCGCCUGAUCUUCUGCUCCUCAGCAAGUUCAGCAGUCACUUGACCACACGCAGCAAUGGCUCCAUCCUCUACCUCCAGCUGACCCUGGAUCUGUUCCACAAGGGGCAUCUGGCAUUGAAAGGGGGAAACUACCUGGUUGUGCCAGUGUCGCUAUCAGAGGUGUACCUGCUGAUGUGCCGCGUGAACUUCCCAGACAAAGACGACUUUGAACGAGUGCUUCCAGUGCUAAAUGUGGCACUGGCGUCGCUGCACCCGCUGACGGACGAACAAAUGUUCAGAGCGCUCAAUGCAGGCAGCGUGAGGGGGGAGCUGGAGUGGAAGGACUUUCAGCAGACAUUAGAGAGCCUGGCUGAAUUCAUGGUGAAACGCAGAGAUGGCACACGCAUGCUGUGCCAUCCCUCCUUCAGAGAGUGGCUCGUUUGGAGAGCAGAUGGAGAAAGCGCUGACUUCCUCUGUGACCCAAGGAGCGGCCAUGCUCUCCUGGCGUUCAUGUUCUCCAGACAGGAGGGCAAGUUGAACCGUCAGCAGACCAUGGAACUGGGACACCACAUCCUCAAGGCUCACAUUUUCAAGGGUCUGAGUAAGAAAAGCGGGGUGUCCUCCACUGUCCUGCAGGCCAUGUGGGUAAACUGCAGCACAGACAGCCUGUCUGCUGCGCUUGCCUCCCUGAGGAAUCUGUACACACCUAAUAUCAAGGUCAGCCGUCUGCUGAUGCUUGGUGGCGCUAAUGUGAACUGGUAUACUGAGGUAGUGGGACACGCCCCCAUCCUAGCCGUCCACUCCCACCUGGGACAUGUAGAGAUGGUGGGCUUGUUGAUGGAAAUGGGUGCAACCGUAGAUAUGAGCACAGACAGCGGCAUGACGCCUCUGUGCCUGGCGGCAGCCGCGGGACACGUGGCUGUUGUCAGCCUGCUCUGCAAGAGAGCGGCCAAGGUGGCCCAGGCUGAUAAGAAUGGCCAGUGUGCACUGCUCCACGCCGCACUAAAGGGCCACAUGGAGAUCGUCAGCGUCUUGCUGGGACAGGAUUGGGGUCCUGAAAAUGCCACCGAUCCACAGCAGCAGCAGCAGCAGACUAGCACUGGGAAAAAGCAGGCCGUGCAGCAGGCGGUCACAGCCGCAGCCAGCGUGGGACACACACAGGUGGUAAAGUGCCUGCUGGACUUGGAAGAUGAACAGCUGGCAGUGCAGAUGGACGCUCACGAUUCUCUCUGGGGAGAAACGGUCCUGAGUGCAGCAGCAGGCAGGGGGAGGAUGGAAGUGUGCAAGCUCCUUUUGGAUCGAGGGGCUGGGCUGGAGGUGCCAAAUCGCAGAGGGAUGGUUCCCCUCCUAAGCGCGGCCAAACACGGACACACACAGGUGGCAGAGUUGCUGUUGAAACACAACUCGGACAUGAGCGUGUGUGACAAGCAGGGCCGCACACCGCUCAUAUUGGCUGCCUCGGAGGGCCACGGCAGCACUGUGGAGAUGUUGCUGUCCAAGGGCUCCUCGGUGUCUGCUGCGGAUCAGGAAGGUCUGACUGCAAUGGGCUGGGCCUGCAUGAGGGGCCACAAAGGUGUGCUGCAGCCUCUGGUGGAUGCCGGUGCAGACCUGAACCAAGCAGACAGACAGGGACGCACUCCUCUCGACCUCGCCGCCCUUAACGGAGAUGCUGAUAUAGUACACCUUUUGCUAGAUCACGGUGCAGUGCUAGAGAGGACGGACAGCAGUGGAAGCAGGGCUGCGGACCGGACUCCUGGCUGCCAGAAUCCGGCUCUGGUGGCCUCGCUACUCAAGAAAGGCUCCAAAACUACACAAGGCUACAGAACGGCACCGCAUGAUCGAUCAGGUCACGCCACAUGGGCCAUGGCUUCCUCCAAACCAGAUAUCCUUCUCAUCCUGCUGCAGAAGCUCAUGGAGGAAGGAAACCUGCUUUACAAGAAGGGACGUAUGAAGGAGGCCGGCCAGCGUUACCAGUACGCUCUGAGAAAAUUGCCUCGGGAAGGCCAAGGGGAAGAGUUAAAAGGGCUCAAAGACCUGCGGGUGUCUCUCUAUCUCAACCUAUCCCGCUGCCGAAGGAAAACCAAUGUAAGGUUGCAUCAUUAGAUGUAGGAAGGGAUAGAUAGCAGAAGGUCUGUCAAGCUGAGAUAAAUUGUUCUAAGACACACAACUGUCAAAGUUGGGGAUUCUCAGCUUUUAGUGAGAUUUCAGGAUAAGACUAAAAUGCACUACAAAUGAAUCUAAUUUGACCCUCUCAAAAUGUAUGUCUAGCUGUGUCAGCACUUUUUGCAUAAUGUCCGUUCUCUAAUAAGGAGCUGAAUAGCAAAAUUCACAAAUUGCGCUUGCUCCAUCGUUUCCAUU